CAAGGCAUGCUGGGAGCUGUAGUUUCUGAAGCAAAGGCAAAACGGAAAUAGAUGCUACACUACAUGGACACACUUGUGCAAAGAAAGGAAAAGAAAGACAAACAAAAAGUAAGCACGAGACCAGAGAUAAGAAGAAAACUCACCUGCAAGGGGCUCUAUUAAAAAGGACAAACAGGUCAAUAAAAUAAAAUCAAAGAAAUGAAGUUAUGGUGGGACUAUAAGGCACUCUCCACCUAUCUGGACAAAAAUAUGGUGCCUCGUGGACUCCGCUUGAAGAAAAGACCUACCAGAGUCUUCUCCUCCGCUUUCCAGAAUAAAUGGGAUCUGGCCUUGCUGGACUGUUCCAAAAAAAUAAUUGGAUAUAUAGUGGAGGAGGAAGAAAUGGAAUUAAACAGUCUUCAAGCCGAGAUACAACAACUCCAGACAAGUUUGGAGCCAUACCGGGAUUCUGAGGACUAUGAAAAAAUGAAUGAAAAAAUUAAUGAAAAGAUCAAGACCUUGGAAAAUACUAUUAUGGAUACUAAAAAAGAAAAAUUUAAAAGGGACUUGACAGAUUACAAAGAGGAUUCUGUUCUUUCCUGGACCAAUCCCAGAAACCCGGUAACCCCUUCCACCCCACGCUCGAUCUUGCGCUCCAAUGGCGAAAGCCGCAGCGAGAAAAAUAAAAAUCGCAAUCGAAAGCGCAGGAAUGCAAAGCGGCAAAGGCAAGUAAGCUUCUCUGAGGUGGACACAUCCCGAGAUGCCAUAUCGGACACAGAGGAAACUGCGGGCAACCUGAUAGCGGGGAUAAAAAACCCGGGAGCCCCAAAGGACGCAUCAGGAGAGUGGGACGAAAGCAUAAGAUAUCCGCUGCGAUCCCUAACACCUCGCAAGUAAGCCUGUCUGUUAUUAACUUGUCUAGUUAUAUUGUCACCGACACACAAAUUGCGGUUUUAAGUCGAGGUCUGAACUGUGUCCCAUCAUGCGAUUUCAGACUUUUCCAUACAAUACUGGACAUUAACCGUUGGGCUCGCAAGGUUACGCUUAAAAGACAUUUUGCUCUAUGUGAGAAAAGUAAUGAACUGUCGGUGUCACCAAUACAAGUUCCCAAUCGUAACAUAUCUAGGUAUUUGCCCCAACAGCAUGAAAUAUGUUUAGAUUUCUCUGAUCAAUGUAAUACA